GAAGUGAAACUAAAGUUCAGUAGAAGAGCUGAGAGCACAUCGGGGGAGAUGAGAUCCUCAGGGGUAGGGGAGACUCCCUCCAUUCUCAUCCUACUUCUUCUGAAUCUUCAUUUAUCCCAAGGCACAGGCACUAUUGAUAUCAGAACCGGUGACUCAAUUCAAUCACUAAGGAACCAAGACGUGUUCAUCCCAUGCACAAUAAGCCAUUCCAGUGCUACAAAACUGGAUCUAAAGAAACUGUCAGUUCAGUGGAGCCUGAAGCUCCCCAAUGGGACAGAAGUGGAUCUGUAUCUGUACGUGAGUAGGAACGUAACCCACAACAGACGGGGGUUAAACAUCUCCGAGACGGACCUUGUACUGGGCAACGCGGGGUUCACCAUAACCCAAAUACAGUUCAGUGAUGAAGGGGAAUAUACCUGCACCAUCACUUACACCCCCAAUAAAAAACAUGGUACCAUCAAUGUGGAGGUGUCAGCUCAACCAAUCAUCACUCUGGAACCUCAGCACCUUGUUGCUAUUGAGCUGGAGACAGAGAAGACAAUUUUGUGUGAAGCCAAAGGUUUUUACCCUGGAGAAAUAAAACUUCAAUGGGUGAAACAUCUCAGCCCCAGGCGCCAUGAAGUGUUGGAUGCAGGAACCUGCUUUCGUGACCCAAAAUUGAACAAAGACGGAACUUUCAAUGUAACGAGUCACCUGACAUUGAAGCCUUUGCUUGUGGAUAAUGGAAGUAAUUAUUCCUGUGUCGUAAAACACAAAUCCACCGACACAAGACUCCUCAACUUUACCCUCCUUGUAAAAGAACCAGACACCCAAAAAAAGGACAUUGCUGUUGCCGUCUUUAUAACAUUCGCUUCAGUGCUGUCUGUUAUCUCUCUUAUUAUUGGCUACUUUAAAUUUGUAAUAAAGGAACCCCCCAAACUUUCUCCCAUUACCGGAGCAGAACAUUUGGUGCAUAUGAACAGGGCGACUCUGUCCUGCCUGAUCUCUGGAUUCCGACCCAAACCAAAUAAAAUUACUUUAUGGUUGAAAGGAGAAGGGGAAAAUCGGGAAGAAAUAUACUCUUGGGUUUUAGAGGAAAGAUGGCCGGUGAGUAAUGGGGUUACUACCCUUUCCCCAGCACAGAGGCCGCUGCGAGUAGAAAUGGUUCCUGUAAUAACAACAAGUAAAUAUCAGCGACUUUCCAACUGUCAGUGCACAAUCCAUAUAACUCCCGACAUAGAGGAAGAUAACGGGAAGGAACUGUUUUUGUGGGUGUCUCACUCUGCACUGAGGGUUCCCAUCUCUGUAUCCUGUCGGCUGAGGGUUAAAGGAGUUAAACCCAAACUAUCAGAAGUCGUAUCUCCGCUCCGUAUCCUCCAUGGUGAAUCCCUGACUCUGACCUGUCCCAUCAAUGGAUUCAAGCCAAAGCCUCUCGCUGUUACUUGGCUGAAAGUGGAUUCGAGGGGUCAUGAAACAGAACUUCUCAGCUGGGAUCGAGGUACCAUCAACAUCCCAGAAUCCCAUGCCAAAUAUUCUCAUCACCUGGCAGAGAAUAAAAAAGAAGAUGAUGAUCAUAUGAACUAUUUCCUAAGCAAUCUGACUCUGAAGCCCACAGUGAGGGCAGAUGAUGGGGCUCAGUAUGUCUGUAGGACUCAUCAUUAUGCAACAGGGGAAAGCGCACUGAGUAGUAUAAAACUAGAGAUUUUAGCUGUCCCAGAGCUGGAUCCCAUACAGACAUCCUUAGAGGUUCUAUCUGCUGGGGAAGAGAUUGAAUUGUCCUGCAGAAUCCAUUCCUUCCAUCCACAAACAUUGACAGUUUCCUGGUAUAAAGGGAAUGAGAUCUUGUCAUCACACAGGGAUCAAGCUCUCCAGGGCGCCAGUGACCUGCUAGAAUGUACCAGCAGUAUAACCUAUAGACCUUGUGCCAAGGACAUUGGGAAGAAGUUCAGGUGUGAGGUCUCUCAUCCAAGUCUCCAAAACCCUAAAUGUGUUUCCUGGGAACUGAAACAUCUCAUAUGUGAACCAACAAUAGGGGAAAUAGAGUGUGACCCUGAGGUUCCUGAGUGCGACAAACCUGUAACAUUAUCCUGUACUGUCCGCGAUUUCUACCCUGAAAUUUGUUCAACCCGUUGGUAUGAGGGUCGGAAAAGCAUCUCUCCCACAAAUGAUACAGAACCUGCCCAACAAGACCCUGAAUCUGGUCUAUUCUCUAAAACAAUAAAAAUGAUUUUGACUCCUACUAUUGGCCAGCAUGGGAUGGAAUACCAACUAGAGAUGACUCAUUCCAUGAAGAUGAUCAUUAGGACAUUUUGUGUAAAACUAAAAGGAUUCCCAGACGUUAAAGAUAUAACUUGCAAUAAAAAUCCCCCAAAUUUUAGGGAACUGCUCACACUAAGCUGUGAGGUGAUUGGCUGUGAUGCUCAUGAUGUCACAGCAGAAUGGCGAGUGAGCGGUGAACCAAUAGAGAGAGAAAUGAGAUCAGGAACCCAAAUAAACACAAAUUCUGUCUCUUUCUUCCUCACACUAACGCCUACAGCAGAGCAUUGUGGGAAAGUAUUUACCUGUCUAGUAAGGUGUGAGGAUCUGCAGCAGCCAUUUAAAAAAAAUAUCCUUCUGAGACUACCGGACGUGCCACCGACUUUAUCAGAGAUCAUGGUCUUCCCAAAAGAUCCGCUCAUCAACAAAGAGGCCAUCUUUAAAAUCAACAUCUCUGGUUUCUCCCAGAGGAAACUUGGAGUAAAAUGGUUUGGAUCUGGAAAACAACUGACGGAACAUGUUGAGACUUCAGAACCAGAAAUUGGAUUGGACGGAUUAUAUUCCUGUAGCAGCGCAGUGAGAUACACUCCAACCUACAAAGACCUCAUUCAAUGUCAAGUUGUGACCAACAAGGGACAUUACUUGAAACUGUAUUACUUUUAAUGGUAGGGUGAAACAGCUAUUUGCCUCUGGGUGGGGUUGGAGGUGGCAUUUUAAUUCUUGAGCCCCCAGUGCUGGUGAUGAAAGGAUAAAGGUUGCUGAAGGGAAGUCCAGAAAUCACAAAAUCUUAUAGAGAAAAACCACUUUCAGUUGGGAUUUCCUAGAGCAGUGUCUGGUCAAGCUGCAUCUGUUUGGGAUUUUCCACCUUUUUGUCUUCCAGAUCUUUAAUAAUGGGCAUCUUAACCCUAUAACCCUAUGAUACACACAGUGUUGGGCUGGAGUAUGACUCGGCCUCACACUGGACAUUGGGGCAUAUUUUCAUCUUUUUUGUAACCUCAGUAAGUUUCACCCUGCACAGUGAGUAAGUUUAACCCUGACACUUCCUGAAUCCUACAGUUAAAUAUUCUGCCGACAGAACUACAUUUAUUGCAAUUUGACAUCUUGCCAGUAGAUGUCAAUGUACCACUAGUUCAUGUACCUACAACUCCUUUUAUGUGCACAGUUAUAAAGACUGACAAUCAUUGUGUUUAGGGGAAUGAAGUUUUAUAAAGAAGGAAGAAGAGUUUAUUUUUCCCCUUGGGUCUACAGCAGUGAUCCCCAACCAGUAGCUCAUGAGCAACAUGUUGCUCUCCAACCCCUUGAAUGUUGCU